AUGGCCUCGCUGGCCAAGUUGAAUCUUGAUGAAAGACUGGACUUGUGUCGAAAAUACUUUUUCAUUGGUCUCUUGGCUUUGCCGUUUGUCUGGUUGGCCAAUGUGCUUUGGUUUGGGCCAACAAUCUGGAACAAGAAGAUUGCCGAGAUGGAAGUGCCGGAAAAGAGUAUGAUAAAGUGUAAGUUCUUGAAAUUUUUUGUUUCUGCAUCUUUAGGGAGUCAGAAAGACGAAUAUAGUAGGAUAUAGGAAAGAUUUCCUGUUUCUACAACUAACAAUACAAUUUGUUUGAGGACAAUACUUGACAUGUGUAAUAUCAUGUGCGAAGUGUGUCCUCCUGAUAGUACUCUCUUGUGGCGAUUGAAGAACAACUUUUUCCAUUGUGUUAUUACUGAUUUCCCUUCAUUUUCAGACCUUAUUGGAUCAGCAGUCGGCGUUGUUUUUUGGACUGUGUUUGCCUCCUUCUGGGUAUACAUCUACUCAACGAAUCGCGUGAAUCGGGUUGAAUGGGCUGAAUCUUUGACAUUUCUAUUCCCUCUUGGCCGGGUUUGA